AGAAGAGGAGACUGAGGGGACCGCCUGCACCCAGGAGGGAAGGAAGACUGCCAGCAGGCCUCAGCCUCAGCUCCGCUGUCGCCGUGCCGACCAGGGGAGAAUGACACACACCGUCGUCCUGGACGGGCCACCCCCGUGGGGCUUCCGUCUCUCAGGAGGGAGGGACUUCAACCAGCCUCUGUCCCUCUCCAGGGUCACUCCCAACAGCAAAGCAUCCAUGGCGAAGCUGGGCGCUGGUGACCUCGUAGUGGCCAUAGGGGGGGUCCCCACUGAGGACAUGACCCACACUGAGGCUCAGAGCAGAAUCAAACAGGCCUGUCAUCAGCUCAGCCUCACCAUCAAACAGCCAGAGACCAGACUGUGGUCCCCUCGCGUAAUUCAGGAUGGCAAGGCCAGCCCCUUCAAAAUCAAUUUAGAGGCAGAACCACAAGAGUACAAGCCGGCCGGCACCAGCCACAACGUGAGGGCCCAGCCGUUCGUGGCGGCCGCCAACAUUGACGACAGGAGGCAGGUGGUGAGCGCGGCUUACAACUCGCCCAUAGGCCUGUACUCAUCGGGCAAUAUUCAGGACGCCCUUCACGGACAGCUGCGGGGCCUCGUCCCGGACAAACCAGAGAGUAAGAAGCUGAACUCCAUUGAGGAGUCCCACGUGUACCGCAUGCUGCAGGAGAAGGAGGAGGAGCCUCACGAGCCUCGUCAGUCCGGCUCCUUCAAGGCCCUGCAGGGCAUCGUGGAGAACGACGGUGCCUGGCCCAUCAUCACACGAACGGUGAAGGCUCCAGUGACGAAGCCCACAACCCCCACGGGCACCCUCCAGAAACUGCCCAUCUGCGACAAGUGUGGGAACGGCAUCGUAGGGACCGUAGUGAAGGUUCGUGAAAACUUCCGGCAUCCAGGAUGCUUUGUCUGUUCCGACUGUGAUGUCAGCCUCAAGCAGAAGGGCUACUUCUUCGUGGGGGGCCAGCUGUACUGCGAAACCCACGCUCGCGCCCGGAUGAAACCGCCAGAGGGACACGACCUCUAAUGGCGACGUACCCCUCGGCGUAGAGCACUGCCCCCUGCACGCGAGCAGAAGCCACAGCCCAUGCUGUUCACGCACCAAAGACGACCCCCCUCCCCCCAACGUCAAAAUCCACAGGGACAGUAAAAAUAAGGCCCCACUAUGAUUAUUGUUGACUAAAUUUAUGUGUCACAGCAAGAAUGACUCAUAGUGCGGUGCAAUCAUUAAGAUACAAUGCAUUUUGAAAGGUAUUGUUGCACAUGUUGAACUCCUACUGAUUCAUGGGAAUAUAUCGACUAAGGGUUUCCUUACUCCUAUUUAAAAAGUUUAAAAAUAUGUCACUGCAUGGUCAGAAUACCUAUUCUGAAAUUGCAGUGACUGUGGUUGGAUAUCCCAUUAAAUGGCACAGUAAGCAGGGUAUACCUAUACCCUCAUCCUGCGGGAAUGACUCCUCAGUUCAUUGGUCACGUGUGGUCUGUCCUGUGAAAGCUGCACCAAUGGCCUAUACAGCUAAGGCCAGUAGAUGCAUGAGAUGCGGAUACAACUGUGAAUACAGACUAUCGUAGUUAGGCUAUGUACGUUGUUUUUUUUUCGGCGAGGGGGGUUAGACUGAACACAUUUGGUUUUCCGAUUUAUUUCAUUUUACUUACACAUACAGUACAAGACACACAGAAACACAUUUGCCAUAUUUGUUUCAUGUUUAACUUGCUGUUGUUGUCAAGUUUUGCACAUUUAUUGUGAAUGCUUCUCUGUAAUUUCGUUCAAAUAAAGAAACGCUGAAAUGCGAUUCAGCAGCCAAGAACA